AUGCAGAGGAACGGAGGCGUAGGAGCCUGGCAUACUCGGCACCACCCCAGGCUCGCUGUGCAGCUGAGCAUGGGGAGUGGAAAGGAGCAGGUGACCGUGACAGAUGGUGGCUUCUCCCCAAAACAGUCGACCAUCUGGGUGGUGGUUCAGGUUCUGGAUGAAAAUGACAACAAGCCUCAGUUCCCAGAGAAGGUCUACCAGAUCAAGCUGCCAGAACGUGACCGGAAGAAGCGGGGAGAGCCCAUCUAUAGGGCUUUUGCAUUCGACAAAGACGAGGGACCCAACGCUGAGAUCUCCUACAGUAUCGUGGAUGGGAAUGAUGACGGGAGGUUCUUCAUUGACCCUAAAACUGGCAUGGUCUCUUCCAGAAAGCAGUUUACAGCAGGGAGUUAUGACAUUCUCACGAUCAAGGCCGUGGACAACGGGCGCCCUCAGAAGUCCUCCACGGCCCGCCUCCACAUCGAAUGGAUUAAGAAACCGCCUCCUUCACCUGUACCACUGACCUUCGAUGAGCCAUUCUACAACUUCACAGUCAUGGAGAAUGACAGAGUCACCGAGAUUGUCGGGGUGGUGUCUGUGCAGCCAGCUAACACCCUUCUGUGGUUUGACAUUGUUGGGGGCAAUUUUGACAGCUCUUUUGACGCAGAGAAGGGUGUUGGGACCAUUGUCAUUGCGAAACCUUUGGAUGCAGAGCAGAGGUCCAUCUAUAAUAUGAGUGUGGAAGUCACCGACGGGACAAACGUUGCUGUCACUCAGGUAUUUAUCAAAGUGCUGGAUAAUAAUGAUAACGGCCCAGAAUUCUCUCAGCCAAGUUACGAUGUGACCAUUUCCGAGGAUGUGCUUCCAGAUACCGAAAUCCUGCAGAUUGAAGCCACGGACAGGGAUGAGAAGCAUAAGCUGAGCUACAGCGUCCACAGCAGCAUCGACUCCGUCAGCAUGAGGAAGUUCCGCAUAGAUCCCAGCUCCGGCGUCCUCUACACGGCCGAGCGGCUGGACCAUGAGGCGCAGGACAAGCACAUCCUGCACGUAAUGGUCAGAGAUCAGGAGUUUCCUUAUCGAAGAAACUUGGCCCGAGUCAUUGUGAAUGUGGAAGAUGCUAACGAUCACAGCCCUUAUUUUACCAACCCACUCUAUGAAGCGUCUGUGUUUGAAUCGGCUGCUCUGGGAUCAGCUGUACUGCAGGUGACGGCUCUGGACAAAGACAAAGGGGAAAAUGCAGAACUCAUGUAUACCAUAGAAGCAGGGAACACUGGGAACACAUUUAAGAUUGAACCGGUCCUGGGCAUCAUCACAGUUUCCAAAGAGCCAGACAUGACGACAAUGGGUCAGUUUGUCCUGUCAGUCAAAGUCACGGAUCAGGGUUCCCCACCGAUGUCUGCCACCGCCAUCGUGCGCAUUUCUGUCACCAUGUCUGAUAAUUCUAACCCCAGGUUCACUCACAAAGACUACCAAGCAGAAGUGAAUGAAAAUGUUGAUGUUGGAACAUCUGUCAUUCUAAUCUCUGCCAUCAGUCAAUCCACUCUCAUUUAUGAAGUGAAAGAUGGAAAUGUUGAUGGGAUCUUCACCAUAAACCCCUAUUCUGGAGUCAUCACCACUCGGAAGGCACUGGAUUACGAGCGGACUUCCUCUUAUCAGCUCAUUGUCCAGGCCACCAACAUGGCAGGAAUGGCUUCCAAUGUCACAGUCAGUAUUCAGAUUGUUGAUGAAAACGACAAUGCACCAGUUUUUCUCUUUUCUCAAUAUUCAGGCAGCCUCAGCGAGGCAGCCCCUAUCAAUAGCAUUGUCAGGAGCUUGGAUAACAGCCCACUGGUGAUUCGAGCCACUGAUGCUGACAGCAACCGGAAUGCUUUGCUUGUGUAUCAGAUUGUGGAGUCCACAGCCAAGAAGUUCUUCACGGUAGACUCCAGCACAGGGGCGAUCAGAACAAUUGCCAACCUGGACCAUGAGACCAUCGCCCACUUCCAUUUUCACGUGCACGUGAGAGACAGUGGUAGCCCCCAGCUGACCGCGGAGAGUCCCGUUGAAGUCAACAUAGAGGUGACGGAUGUGAAUGACAACCCACCUGUGUUCACUCAGGCUGUGUUUGAGACUGUCUUACUUCUACCGACCUAUGUCGGAGUGGAGGUUCUGAAAGUUAGUGCCACAGAUCCUGACUCCGAGGUGCCCCCUGAACUGACGUACAGCCUAAUGGAAGGCAGCUUGGAUCAUUUUUUAAUUGACUCGAACAGUGGAGUGCUCACCGUGAAAAACAACAACCUCUCCAAAGAUCAUUAUAUGCUGAUAGUGAAGGUGUCUGAUGGAAAGUUCUAUAGUACAUCCAUGGUCACCAUCUUGGUGAAAGAAGCCAUGGACAGCGGCCUCCACUUUACUCAAAGCUUUUACUCCACCUCCAUCUCAGAGAACAACACUAACAUAACCAAAGUUGCCAUUGUCAAUGCAGUUGGAAAUCGCCUUAAUGAGCCCUUAAAAUAUAGCAUCUUAAACCCAGGAAACAAGUUCAAGAUAAAAUCUACCUCAGGGGUCAUUCAGACCACGGGAGUUCCCUUUGACCGUGAGGAGCAGGAGUUCUAUGAGCUGGUGGUGGAAGCCAGCCGAGAGCUUGACCAUCUGCGGGUGGCGCGGGUGGUGGUCAGGGUUAGCAUCGAAGACAUAAACGACAACUCUCCGGUCUUUGUGGGUCUCCCUUACUACGCUGCCGUACAGGUUGACGCUGAGCCUGGCACUCUGAUUUACCGAGUGACGGCCAUUGACAAAGACAAAGGUGCAAAUGGGGAAGUGACCUAUGUCCUACAGGAUGACUAUGGCCACUUCGAAAUUAACCCUAAUUCAGGGAAUGUUAUUUUAAAAGAAGCAUUCAACUCAGACUUGUCCAACAUUGAGUAUGGAGUCACCAUCCUAGCCAGAGAUGGUGGAAAACCCUCUUUGUCCACAUCCGUGGAACUUCCCAUCACUAUUGUCAACAAAGCGAUGCCUGUGUUUGAUAAGCCCUUUUACACAGCAUCUGUCAAUGAAGAUGUUGGCAUGGACACACCCAUUCUAAGCAUCAAUGCCACGAGUCCAGAAGGCCAAGGCAUCAUAUAUAUCAUUAUUGAUGGGGAUCUGUAUAAACAAUUUAACAUUGACUUUGACACUGGGGUCCUGAAAGUCAUUAGCCCUUUGGAUUAUGAAAUGACAUCAGCUUACAAGUUGACAGUAAGAGCCAGUGAUGCCCUUACUGGGGCCAGGGCUGAAGUUACCAUUGACCUGCUUGUUAAUGAUGUGAAUGACAACCCCCCUAUUUUCGGUCAACCCACAUACAACACAACAUUAUCAGAAGCGUCCCUCAUCGGGACACCUGUUUUACAAGUUGUGUCUACUGAUGCAGACUCAGGAAACAAUAAAAUGGUCCAUUAUCAGAUUGUCCAGGAUACUUACAACAGCACGGAUUAUUUUCACAUAGAUAGCGCAAGCGGCUUGAUCCUGACCGCGCGGAUGCUGGACCACGAGUCGGUGCAGCACUGCACUUUGAAAGUCAGAGCCACAGAUAAUGGCUUCCCAUCACUGAGCAGCGAGGUCCUGGUUCAUAUCUACAUCUCGGACGUAAAUGACAACCCUCCAGUCUUUAAUCAGCUCAUUUAUGAGUCAUAUGUGAGUGAGUUAGCCCCGCGGGGCCAUUUUGUAACCUGUGUGCAGGCCUCCGAUGCAGACAGCGCUGACUUUGACCGGUUGGAAUACAGCAUUUUAUCUGGGAACGACCGGACCAGCUUUCUGAUGGACAGCAGGAGUGGCAUCAUUACACUGUCCAACCACCGCAAGCAGCGGAUGGAGCCUCUGUACAGUCUCAACGUGUCGGUCUCCGAUGGGCUGUUCACAAGCACCGCCCAGGUGCAUAUCAGGGUCCUCGGGGCCAACCUGUACAGCCCUGCCUUUUCACAGAGCACCUACGUAGCUGAGGUGAGAGAGAACGCAGCCGCUGGGACGAAGGUAAUCCACGUUCGGGCCACGGAUGGGGACCCGGGGAUGUAUGGGCAGAUCAGCUAUGCCAUCAUCAAUGACUUUGCUAAGGAUCGAUUCCUCAUAGAUGGCAAUGGACAGGUCACGACAACAGAAAGGCUCGAUAGGGAAAACCCUCUGGAGGGAGACAUCAGUAUUUUUUUGAGGGCCCUUGAUGGCGGAGGAAGAACAACUUUCUGUACGGUGAGGGUGAUUGUGGUAGAUGAAAAUGACAACCCCCCGCAGUUCCUGACAGUGGAAUACAGAGCCAGCGUCAGGGCAGAUGUCGGACGGGGCCACCUGGUCACUCAGGUUCAAGCCAUGGAUCCAGAUGAUGGAGCAAAUGCAAGGAUUACUUACUCCCUCUAUAGUGAGGCCUCGGUCUCAGUGGCUGACCUCCUAGAAAUCGACCCUGACAAUGGUUGGAUGGUCACAAAGGGCCAUUUUAACCAGCUGAAGAACACAGUGCUGUCCUUCUUUGUCAAAGCGGUGGACGGGGGCAUCCCAGUGAAGCACGCGCUCAUUCCUGUCUACAUCCACGUCUUGCCCCCCGAAACAUUUGUGCCCUCCUUUACCCAGUCUCAGUAUUCCUUCACCGUGUCAGAAGAUACAGCCAUUGGGAGCACGGUGGAUACCCUGAGGAUUUUGCCCACUCAGAAGGUCAAAUUCAGCACAGUUAAUGGGGAGCGGCUGGAAAAUAACAAAGGCAAUGUCUUCAUCAUAGAACAGGAAACAGGCACGAUCAAGCUGGACAAGCGUCUUGACCACGAGGUCAGCCCAGCUUUUCACUUCAAAGUGGCAGCCACUAUACCCCUGGACAAAGUGGACGUCGUGUUCACGGUGGAUGUAGACGUCAAGGUACUGGAUCUGAAUGACAACAAGCCAGUGUUUGAAACUUCGAACUACGAGACGAUCAUCAUGGAAGGGAUGCCGGUGGGCACCAAACUAACACAGGUGAGAGCCAUGGAUGUGGACUGGGGAGCCAACGGGCAGGUCACCUACUCCCUCCACGCGGAUUCCCAGCCCGAGAAGGUGAUGGAAGCGUUCAGCAUUGACAGCAACACAGGCUGGAUCAGUACCCUGAAGGACCUGGACCAUGAGGCAGACCCCGUGCUCACCUUCUCCGUGGUGGCCGCCGACCUCGGGGAAGCCUUCUCGCUCUCCUCCACGGCACUGGUGUCUGUCAGGGUGACAGACAUAAAUGACAACGCCCCAGUCUUUGCCCACGAGGUGUACCGAGGGAGUGUGAAGGAGAGCGACCCCCCGGGUGAGGUGGUCGCCGUCCUCAGCACGUGGGACAGGGACACGUCUGACGUCAAUCGCCAAGUGAGCUACCACAUCACAGGAGGGAACCCCCGAGGAAGGUUUGCCCUAGGCCUGGUGCAGAACGAAUGGAAGGUCUACGUGAAGAGACAUCUGGAUAGAGAAGAACAAGACAUUUAUUUCCUCAAUAUCACUGCCACCGAUGGGCUCUUUGUCACUCAGGCCAUGGUGGAAGUGACUGUCAGUGAUGUGAAUGACAAUAGCCCUGUGUGUGAUCAGGUUGCAUAUACAGCAUCACUUCCCGAAGACAUUCCAUCAAACAAAAUCAUCCUGAAGGUCAGUGCCAAGGAUGCUGACAUUGGAUCCAAUGGAGAUAUACGAUACUCACUCUAUGGACCUGGAAACAGCGAAUUUUUUCUAGAUCCAGAAAGUGGUGAGUUAAAAACUUUGGCUCCGUUGGACCGGGAGAGGGUCCCUGCAUACAGCCUCAUUGCCAGGGCCACUGACGGGGGAGGCCGAUUCUGCCAAUCCAACGUCCAUCUGAUCCUGGAGGAUGUGAACGAUAACGCGCCGGUGUUUUCGUCUGACCACUACAACGCCUGUGUCUAUGAGAACACGGCCACCAAGGCUCUGUUGACCAGGGUUCAAGCGGUGGAUCCGGAUGUUGGCAUCAACAGGAAAGUUGUGUACUCCCUGGCCGACUCGGCCGACGGGUUCUUCUCCGUGGACAGCUCGUCCGGCAUCAUCGUCCUGGAGCACCCGCUGGACCGAGAGCAGCAGUCUUCCUACACCCUCAGCGUGCGGGCCACCGACCAGAGCCCGGGCCGGGUGCUGUCCUCUCUGGCCACCGUCAGCAUCACCGUCCUGGAUGUCAAUGACAACCCCCCUGUGUUCGAGAGGAGGGACUAUCUGGUGUCAGUGCCCGAGGACACCUCCCCUGGCACCCAAGUCCUUGCCGUCUUUGCCACCAGCAAAGAUAUAGGCACAAAUGCUGAGAUUACGUAUCUCAUCCGAUCUGGAAAUGAGCAGGGGAAAUUUAGGAUCAAUCCAAAGACAGGGGGUAUUUCUGUAUCUGAGGCCCUGGACUAUGAAUUGUGCAGAAAGUUUUACCUAGUGGUGGAAGCGAAAGAUGGGGGGACGCCUGCCCUCAGCGCUGUGACCACUGUCGGCAUCAACCUCACAGACGUGAAUGACAACCCUCCCGAGUUCAGCCAGGACGUGUACAGCGCUGUCAUAAGUGAAGACGCCUUGGUCGGGGACUCAGUCAUUUUGCUAAUAGCAGAAGAUGCAGACAGCCAGCCCAACGGACAGAUUCGUUUUUCCAUUGUGAGUGGAGAUCGGGAUAAUGAAUUUGCUGUGGAUCCUGUCUUGGGACUUGUGAAAGUUAAGAAGAAAUUGGACCGGGAACGGGUAUCUGGAUACUCUCUGCUCAUCCAGGCAGUAGACAGCGGCAUGCCUGCAAUGUCCUCAACUGCCACUGUCAACAUCGACAUUUCUGAUGUGAAUGACAACAGCCCAGUCUUUACACCUGCUAACGCUACCGCUGUGAUUCAGGAAAAUAAGCCAGUAGGCACCAGUGUUCUGCAGCUCAUGGUGACAGACAAAGACUCCUUUCACAAUGGGCCUCCCUUCUCCUUCUCUAUUUUGUCGGGAAAUGAAGAGGAGGCGUUCGUGUUGGACUCUGACGGGAUCCUAAGGUCAGCCGUGGUCUUCCAGCACACGGAGUCUGCAGAGUACGUGCUGUGUGUCCAGGCGAAAGACUCCGGCAAACCUCAGCAAGUGUCUCACUCCUACGUCCGAGUGCGGGUCAUUGAGGAGAGUAUCCACAAGCCCACAGCCAUCCCCCUGGAGAUUUUCAUUGUCACCAUGGAGGACGACUUUCCUGGUGGGGUCAUCGGGAAGAUCCACGCCACCGAUCAGGAUGUGUAUGACGUCCUCACGUUUGCACUGAAAUCGGAGCAGAAGAGCUUGUUCAAGGUGAACAGUCACGAUGGGAAGAUCAUCGCGCUGGGGGGCUUGGACAGCGGCAAGUACGUUCUGAACGUGUCGGUGAGUGACGGCCGCUUCCAGGUGCCCAUCGACGUGGUCGUGCACGUGGAGCAGCUAGUGCCCGAGAUGCUGCAGAACACCGUCACCAUCCGCUUCGAGAACGUGUCCCCCGAGGACUUCGUGGGGCUCCACAUGCAUGGCUUCCGGCGUACCCUGCGCAACGCGGUCCUGACCCAGAAGCAGGACAGCCUGCACAUCAUUAGCAUCCAGCCUGUGGCGGGCACCAGCGAGCUGGACAUGCUGUUCGCCGUGGAGACGCACAGCAGCGAGUUCUACAAGCCGGCCUACCUCAUCCAGAAGCUGUCCAACUCCAGGAGGCACCUGGAGAACGCGAUGCGCAUCUCGGCCAUCCUGGAGAAGAACUGCUCCGGGCUGGACUGUCAGGAGCAGCACUGCGAGCAGGGCUUGUCGCUGGACUCGCAUGCGCUCAUGACCUACAGCACGGCCCGCAUCAGCUUCGUGUGCCCGCGUUUCUACCGGAACGUGCGCUGCACCUGCGAUGGUGAGUGCGGUUUCGAGCGUCCCCUACGCUGCCCGCGUUGUGGGAGGUGGCUUGGGUUACCGUCCCUGCACGCUCGUAUCUGUUCAUUCACUCACUGGACCACCCGCGAUGUGCCUCCUCAGUGUGAGAGAUGCUGGGGCUGCGGGGUGAGCAAGACAAGCUCGGCCCCCCUCCGGGGGAGUGUGGAGCUUAUGGGCAGCCAGAAGUACAAGUGA